AAAUGACAAUUACUUGUCCUUGUUUUCUAGCCACUUCGAUGCAACCUAUGACCACUUAGUCACUUAUACUACAUAGAGACAGUAAAAGAAAGAAGAGAUGAAUAGAGGGGAUAUGGAAGAAGUAAAGGAGAAAGGAAAGGUAUGUGUAACAGGAGGAAGUGGUUAUCUUGGAUCAUGGAUGGUUAUGAGACUUCUUCAACUUGGUUAUUCUGUCAACACAACUAUUAGAUCUCAUCCAGAUCGCAAGAAAGAUGUGAGCUACCUCACAAAUCUCCAAGGUGCACAAGAAAGGCUGCAUAUUUAUAAUGCUGAUCUACACAAACCACAAAGUUUCAACACAGCAAUUGAAGGCUGCAUUGGGGUAUUUCAUGUUGCACAUCCAAUUGAUUUUGAGAACAAAGAAACUGAAGAAACGAUAACGCAAAGAUCAAUUGAUGGGACAAUAGGUAUUUUACUGGCAUGUCUCGAGUCAAAGACUGUUAAACGUGUCGUGUACACUUCUAGUGCAGCUACUGUUUUUGGUGGAAAUUCCAACAUAAUCGAUGAAAGCUCGUGGACAGAUGUAGAUCUUAUAAGAACCUCAAAGGCUUUUGCAAGUUCUUACACGAUUAGCAAGACAUUAACAGAAAAAACAGCUCUGGAAUUUGCUGAAAAAAUUGGUAUCGAUCUUGUGACUGUAAUCCCAACUUGGAUACAUGGCCCCUUUAUUACUCCUCAAAUUCCUGACUCUGUUCGUUCAUCCAUGGAAAUGAUUCUUGGUCAUGAAAAUUAUACUAUGAGUUAUCCUCCAAACAUACCUUUUGUACAUGUAGAUGAUGUGACAAAUGCUCACAUCUUCCUUCUUGAAAAUUCUAAUGCAAAAGGAAGGUAUAUUUGCUCAGCUGUUGAAAUAACACCAGAAAAGCUAGCUGAGUUUCUUUUGACAAGAUAUCCUGAAUUUCAGAAACAAAUUACUGAGUACACAUGGACAAGUAGAGAAGACCUUAAAUGGUGUAGCUUUUCAUCAAAAAGACUUUUGGAGACUGGAUUCAAGUACAAGUACAGCCUUGAGGAAAUGUUCAAUGGAGCAAUUGAAUGUUGCAAACAUAGAAACAUGCUCUAAUCCCUUUAUAUCAAAUACAACUUAGAAACUUUAUUUUAUAUGAAGUUCUUUCCUUUUCUUUUCAUGUCAUGUUUCGUUUUCAUGUACUCAUAGAUAUUAAUAACUAAAGUCGUAUACUUAAGUUCUCUUAAAUUUAUCAAUGAUAAUGAAAUAAGAGAGAAGUCUUGCAAAUG